AUGAUAAGUGCUUGUCAAGAACGGCAUGAAAGAGUAGUUGAGUUAUACGUGGAUAUUGCGGUUGGUGAAACUUCUCAUGUAGGUGAAAAUGACGAAUAUGAGUACGAUGAUGACUAUGAAGAUGAAGGAGAAAUUCCUUUAGAUAGUUCUUCUGAUACUGAUUUGGAAGAUGGCUUCGAUUCAAUGAUGACAGUACAAGGAGAUGCAUUAUAUGUUGGACAACUAUUUGACUCUAAAGAGGAGGUAAAGAUGGCGAUAAAACAUUAUGCAAUGAAGAAACAUCAAACAUUUUUUGUGGUUGAGUCAAAAGCAUCAACUCAUUUUGUCAAGUGUAUGGUCAAAGAAGAACCUUUUGUUCCCGUUUCAUUAAUCCAAGAGAGAAUAAGUGGCCAAUUUGGGUAUUCAGUUUCAUACAAAAAAGCAUGGAAAGCAAAGCAAAAAGCAAUUGUGACAAUAUUUGGUGAUUGGGAUGAAUCUUAUGCAACAUUACCAAGAUGGUUAGAAUACAUGCAAUUACAUGCUCCAGGGUCAAUUUACAAAAUUGAGACCAAUGAUUAUGUGAGAGGUAAUGUAAUGGAUAAUAGAUUCAGAGUCUUUCAUCGAGUAUUUUGGUCGUUUAGGCAAUGUCGUGAAGCCUUCAAGUUUUGCAAGCCUAUAAUACAGGUAGACGAUACCUUUUUGUAUGGUAAGUAUAAGCAAACAUUGCUUAUUGCUACAACUCAAGAUGGCAAUAACAGUGUGCUUCCUAUAGCAUUUGCCAUUGUUGAAGGAGAAACAUUAUCAGCAUGGGAAUGGUUCUUAGCCAUGAUCCGUCUAAAUGUUACUGAUAAAACUGAAAUUUGUUUAAUAUCUGAUCGCCAUCAAAGUAUUAAAAGUGCUGUGUCUAAUCCACAUAUUGGGUGGCAACCUCCUAAUGCUUACCAUGUUUAUUGCAUUCGUCACAUUGCAAGCAAUUUCAAUAGAAGAUUCAAAAAUUCCGCAAUGAAGAGUAUGCUUAUGAAAUUAGCGUAUACACCUUGCAAGCAAAGAUUUGAAGCUGGUCUUAAUAAAUUUCGUUCGCAUUCUCCUGAAGUUCAAACAUGGAUUGACAACAUAUCAAAGGAAAAGUGGAGCUUGGCUUAUGAUCAUGAAGGGCGACGUUAUGGUCACAUGACGACUAAUUUGUCUGAGUCAGUGAAUAAAGUUUUAAAAGGGGCAAGAAAUCUCCCAAUUACUGCCCUUGUCAAAGCAACCUAUAGUAGAUUGGUCGAAUAUUUUGUCAAACGGGGUGAAAGCGCAAUCAAUGACAUGAACAAUGGUAAAAGGUAUUGUCGUAAAUUAAUUGAAGCUAUAGAAAAAAAUCAAGAAGAAGCAUCUUCACAUCAGGCAUACCGAUACCCUUGUUCACAUGUCAUAGCCGCUUGUGUUACUGUAAGUAUAGACUUUUGGCAGUAUGUUGAUCCUGUAUAUACUCUGCAGUAUGUUGUGAACGCAUACUCAUCUCAGUGGUGGCCGCUUGGAAAUGAAGCAAACAUUUUACAAAAUGAUGAAUGGAAGUUGUUGCCUGAUCAAGAUAGAGCACGAGGUAAAGGAAGACCAGAGGCUUCUAGAAUUAGAAAUGAAAUGAAUUGGGUUGAGUCACAACCGCGACAACGAUGUAGGUUAUGUCGACAACCAGGUCAUAAUCAACGUCAUUGUACUCAACAAAGCAAUGCUAACAUUAAUCAUGAGUAG